GGAGGCAGUUUUAACCGUCAGAUUGUCGGUGAGAGAAACGAACGUGUGUGUGUUUGCAGAAGUGUUUUCACAAAACGGGAUAAAUAUUACCACCAACAUGGAUCUGGACUCCAUGAAAUACGCAGAAUUGCGAAGCCUCGCGAAGGAGAUUGGACUUAAAGCGAACAUGAAGGCCGAAAAACUCAUGAAAGCCUUAAAGCAACACUAUGAACAAGAAAAGAAGAAAGAGGAAGAAGGACAGGGACAGGAUGAUCACGUCCAAGAAGAACAAAGUGCAGCUCAGGAUGGUCAAGAGGCAGCUUGCAAGGAAGAAGCUUCCAGCACCAGUGUGUUUGUGAACACACGUCGUGGGAAAAACUGUCCUAAGAGAAAGAUCUCUGAUACUGCAACAGUGACUGAGUGCGAUGCCCCAAACGCUGCAGAGGUUGACGCAGAAAUGGAUGCAUCUAGUGCACCCUGUGAUUCCCGUGCAGCUAAGAAGAGAAAGGUGUCCUCUGCCAAGGAUGCUGAUCAGACUGAAGCUCAGCCCCAGACCACCGGCAGCAAGGAUGAAGAGGCCGUGCAUGGCAAAACAGAAAAGACAACAAAAGCGGCCAAACCUGGUAAAAUCCCUCGUUACCAAAAGACCCAGCAGAAGAAGAAGCCUCUGUUGAAGCCUGUCACUCCGAACUUCAAGAAACUUCACGAGGCCCAUUUUAACAAGAUGGAGUCCAUCGAUUCCUACGUUCAGCGGAAGACGAAGGUGAUGGAGACCUACAAAAAAUCUGAUGUGAAGAAGCCUUUGGAUAAAACUAAACCGCAGCAGGUUGAUAGAAAGUCUCAGCUGAAGACAAAUCCGACCCGAGCUACCAUGUUCAGCCCCAUCUCAGAGAAUAAGAACCCAGCCGGAGAAAGACGCAGACACACUCUGCUCUCAGCCAGUAAAACUCUGCCAAACAAACCGUCCGGGAAGGAAGACGUUCCAUUCAGACCGUCUGUGCUUUCCACUCGCAGGAUCAAUGUUCGGUUCUCUGAAGCUACUUGUGACAACGAGCACAAGAAGUCUUUGGUGAAGACCCCGGCGCGCAUGUCGCCCUUCACGGCUUCCAUCACCCCACAAAAACAGACGGCCACCGGAGGGAAGACCAGCAGCGUCAAGAUAGCCCCUUUCUCUGCCACAAAGACUCCAGGAACUUUUGUUUUUACUGGCAACACGAGCAUUUCAACAACCCCCGGAACUCAGAAGAAGCCAAACUUUGAUCUGAAGGCGAGUCUGUCGCGUCCUCUCGGCUACAAGCCUCACAAAGGGAAGCUGAAGCCAUUUGGAGAAGCUAAAGAAGACACCACAAAAAACAAGUCUGUGGUCUCAAAUACUCAUCAGGAAAGUUACAAGCAACACAAAGUCCAGUCAAGGGACGACAGGAGAGCAAAACAAACGGAAGGCCGAAAACAGAAGAAGGAAAAUAUGCUCGGGGCAAGAAGAGGCCUCGUCAUGAUGUAAAAAAUACUGCGCUUGUUUUUCUGUAGACUCUUGUACAGCUUGUUGUUCUCGUGUAAAUAUCGUUGUCUGCAGCUGGUCCACUUCUUCCUGCCGUUUCUUUUAGCCAGCUAAAGGAAAGUAGAUAAAAACACGCUCUUCUUCUCUCCAGCCGCUUAGAUUUGACUCGUGUAUUCAUUUGAAUUGCUCUGAAUUACUUUUUAUAUUUUUUGGGAUGUGUGGAAAGCCUGUGUUGUUUUAAAAAAAAUCUUAUGCUUUGUUUUUAUAUUUGAAGGCAGUAAAAUAUAAGAAGCAUUUACCUA